AUGGUGUACUAUGGCGUGUGCGACCAGCGGAAACCGGGAUGCUUGAAAUGCGAGAAAUCAGACAAGCAAUGUCCAGGCUACCGAAAUCUCGAUGAAGUCCUGUUUCGGGACGAGUCUGAACGAAUUAUCCGGAAAGCUCGCCCAAUCGAGCCGUCAAAAUCGGUCUUGAUACCAAAAACUCGCGUCAUUUCUGUUAGAUCUCCGACAAGCGGCGCACCGACUUCCGAACCCAAGUUGCUUACAUCAUCUCUAUACCCUGUCAGCAUAUCCUACCCCCUUUCUCAGCCUAUCAAUGAACUCGGGGCUAACUUCUUCUUCACCAAAUACACCUUCAACGAAGCCCCUUUUGCGAACGACUACCAUGACUGGCUGACCCAGUCGUACUUUGAAGAUGGACCCAGUCAUGUUCUACGAGCAGCCAUCGAAGCAGUUGGCAUGGCGGGAAUAUCAAACGUCUCUCAUGCUCCCCAUGUCGCGUCCAAAUCCAAAGUACAGUAUUGCGAGGCCCUGGCCGCCCUGAAGCAGGCGUUGAAAGAUCCUGUCCAAGCAAGUGCGGAUACGACGUUUAUGGCAGUCAUCCUCCUCGGACUAUUUGAGGCCGUCAACUUCGAACAUUGGGAUCGGUAUCCCUAUUGGGCAGCCCAUGUCAAAGGAGCCACGGCCUUGCUACAGCUCCGAGGUCGGGAGCAGUUCACCCGGGAGCGUGGAGGACAGCUCUACAUCCAGAUCCGUUCUCAAAUACUCUUAGUCUGCAUGCAGCAGCACAAUGCCGUCCCUCCGGCCCUGGUGCAAACGACUUAUGAUUUCCAAACCAGCGCCAUCAGGCAACAGUGGCAACAUCGCCGUGUUGCCAGCCCAGGUUCCAUUUGUGAGAUUUCUUUCCGAAUGGUCAACCUCCGAGCCGCCUUCAAAAACGGGGAGGUCACCGACCCACAGGUCAUCCGCAAGACAGCGCUCGAAAUCGACGGCGACCUCGAGGUCUGGAGAGCAGGUGUGCCACCGAAUUGGAGAUACACUACUAUCGACGCUCCGGGAGCUGGUGUCGACACCUGCUUCGACGGGAAAAGUCAUGUGUAUCCUACCCCUUGGAUUGCAGAUGCUUGGAAUAACUGGCGCAUACUACGGAUACUGGUCAACCAAAUCAUCGUUCAAAAUGAGGUCCGUUCGAGUGUGCCAGAAAAUGCACAGAAAUCCAUCGCCCUCUCCAUUAUUCGCCAGUCGUCCGCCGACAUCUGUAUCUCCACUUCUAGUUUCAUAGGCACUCCACGUAAGUUCCCCCCAGUCCGCUCACGUGCCAGUACACCGCUAAACAUUCUUCGUAGGUAUCCUUUCUCUGAUCCGGCCAUUAUAUGUUGUGUCCCUGGAAGAGCUGAAUGCUCGCAGUGUGCGUUCCUUCGCCGCACACCAAUUGCGCCGCAUCGGGGCAUCGAUGGGAAUUCGACAGGCUGGCUUGAUAGCUGA